UUAGAAGGUAUUUUUCUAAUCUUUUGUUGUUAUGUUUUGUUUUGUAGGAUGUCGACUUCUCUUGAACAUUUGCUUGAUAAUUUUCAUGUCGAUAUGACUGUAGAUAUGGGCGAGGUGACUAGCGGCGUUCCUAAUCCCUCUACAACUGCUGUGCCGAAUCCGACGCCUGAUUCGGUGAAUCCGGAUCUUGAUCCUGCUUCUGGAGAUCAAGUUCCUGCUGCGACUUCCGAGUCGCCUCUGCUUCCUUCGAAGGAGUCAGGUCCUUCUCUGAAGGGGUUGCCUACCGCCGGCCAGAAGCGUCCUGCUGAGGACCAGGCUGGGGCUUCUACCAAGCGUCCCAAGAAGAAGAAAUCUUCUGGGGUGUCUUUCGAGGAGGCACCUCGGUUUGCUGCUUGGGCGGACGCGCAAAAUCCGCCUCGUCUCUCAAACGUCGCCAUUCUUCAUGCUUGCAUGGAGAAUAUUAUGAUAAAAGAGGACAUUGAGUCCAUUGAUCGCGAACAUGGCGAUAAUUUGGCUGAGUUCGCCUGUCUCGGCGGUUUUUCGGUGGUCCAGUCCAUCGCUGUUUUGGAGCGCCGCCGAAGGGAUGCGGUGGAUCAAUUGAAGAAACUCCAGAGAGAUUCCGAAUCCUGGCUCUCCGAGAAACAGAAGAUGGAGGAUGAGGCUGGCGAGGCGACUGGUAUGAUCCAGCAGCUGAAGUCUUCCAGUUAA